GGUAAAUCAGUCGGUGAAAAACAGAUAUCGUCACUUGCUGUUAUUUCCGCGCACCGCACACGCAGAGGGGUCCUGUGAUUCCGGUGAACGGGGACUCGAGAGGUGCAAUAGCAGCACAUUCUGUCUCGGAGAACUUCUGCAGGAGGCUGAGGACCGCGCGAAGAGAGUCAAGAACCUUCCAAAUCCGUCAUGCUUCGAACGUUGAUUCAGCGAGGCACUGCUCGGACCGGAUCUCAUCUCUGCUCUACCGUAGCCGCCUCCACGCCAUCCCCGGGUGUUUCAAAUGAAGCCGCCGCCGGCGAAACGAACAGUGACGAGCCCAUAUGGGACAUGGAGAACCCCUUCAAAAAGACGAGACGCGAAUGCAUUCUGUGCAGGAACAAGAUCGAGGUCGACUACAAGAAUACCCAGCUCCUCUCGCAGUUCGUCUCCAACUACACGGGAGAACUCUACCAGAAACACAUCACGGGUCUAUGUGAGCAUCAGCACCAAAAAGUCAGACUCGCCUUGCAUCACGCGCAAUGCAUCGGCAUACUGCCUCACUAUCACAAGGAUUUGAGGUUCAUCAGAGACCCCAAAUUGUUCGACCCAUUGCAUCCGCAGAGGCCUAACCCUCAUUAAUAAGUUCAAGAAUAAAUUUACGCCCAUAGUCUCGCUGUACGAGUACUUGUUCCCCGCAAUGAGGAGGGGUGGAGAUUCUUCUCGUAAA